AUUUGUCGAGGGAGCUACACAGAAGCUCGAUGAGGUUCGGAUUCUUCUGGAGGAGGGUGCAGACAGGAAUCAGCGGACGUCAGGUGGCCGAACUGCUCUGGAUAUCGCACUGUCUGAGGACCACAGGGGCUCACACUGUGGAGUGUUGGAUCUUCUGCAAGAUCGAACCUCCGUGA